UGCGCAUUUAGUGCUGAGCCGAAGAUCCCAGCAACCCCUGCGUGCGGCCCCUUAGGCCUCGGGCUGCCCCGCGCUCGCCUCCCUGGGCAUCACUGUGAAAACGGUUCGGAGUCCAGCUCUGGUUUCUGUGAACUCUGGUUCUCCAGGCAAGUAAACCCCAAGGAAUACUGACCAGUUCUUGAAUUUAUAAACUAUGGCCCAUGGAUCAGUGAUAUUCAGUGAUGUGUCCGUAGUCUUCUCUCAGGAGGAGUGGGAAUACCUGGACUUGCAACAAAGGGACUUGUACAGAGAUGUGAUGUUGGAGAACUACAGCAAUUUAGUCUCAUUGGGAAGCUUCAUUUCUAAACCAGUUGUGAUUUCCUUAUUGGAGCAAGGAAAAGAGCCCUGGAAAGUUGUGAGGAAAGAAAGAACACUAUAUUCAGAUUUGGAGACCAGGUAUGAAACCAAGAGGUUAUCCUCAGAAAAUGACAUUAAUGAAAUAAACUUAGCCCAGUGGAAGAUAAUGGAAAGAAUUAACACACAUGGCCUUAAGAAUCUAAUUUUAAAAAAUAAUUGGGAAUCCAAAAAAAAUUUUAAAGGACAAGAGGGAUAUUUUGGACAAGUGAAAAUAACAUCUCAAAAAGUGUCCUCUUACCAGAAACACACAUCUCUUACUCCACAUCAGAGAAUUCAUUUUGUUGAGAAACCCUAUGAAUGUAAAGAAUGUGGGAAGGCCUUUAGAGUACGCCAACAACUUACUUUUCAUCACAGAAUUCACACUGGUGAAAAGCCCUAUGAAUGUAAGGAAUGUGGGAUGGCCUUUAGACAGACUGCCCACCUUAAUCGACAUCAGAAACUUCAUAUUGUUGAAAAACUGUAUGAAUGUAAGGAAUGUGGAGAAUCUUUCAUAUCUGGCUCAGACCUUAGAGUACAUCAGAAAAUUCAUACUGGUGAGAAGCCGUAUGAUUGUAAGGAAUGUGGGAAGGCCUUCAGAGUGCGUGGGCAACUUACUCUUCAUCAGAGGAUUCAUACUGGUGAGAAACCCUAUGUAUGUACAGAAUGUGGAAAGGCCUUUAGACAGUAUGCACACCUUACUCGACAUCAGAAGCUUAAUACUGCUGACAAACUCUAUGAAUGUAAAGAAUGUGGGAAAGCCUUUUUGUGUGGCUCUGGCCUUAGAAUACAUCACAAACUUCAUACUGGUGAGAAACCUUACGAAUGUAAGGAAUGUGGGAAGGCCUUUAGAGUGCGACAACAGCUAACACUCCACCAGAGAAUUCAUACUGGUGAGAAACCCUAUGAAUGUAAGGAAUGUGGAAAGACCUUUAGUCGUGGUUAUCAUCUUAUUCUUCAUCACAGAAUUCAUACAGGUGAGAAACCUUAUGAAUGUAAAGAAUGUUGGAAGGCUUUUAGUCGUUACUCACAACUUAUUUCACAUCAGAGCAUUCAUAUUGGUGUUAAACCCUAUGACUGUAAGGAAUGUGGGAAGACCUUUAGACUACUCUCACAACUUACACAACAUCAGAGUAUUCAUAUUGGUGAGAAACCCUAUAAGUGCAAGGAGUGUGGGAAGUCCUUUAGAUUGCGCCAAAAACUUACUUUACAUCAGAGCAUUCAUACUGGGGAGAAACCCUUUGAAUGUAAGGAAUGUAGGAAGGCCUUUAGACUUAAUUCAUCACUUAUUCAACAUCUGAGAAUUCAUUCUGGGGAGAAACCCUAUGAAUGCAAGGAAUGUAAGAAGGCCUUUAGACAGCAUUCACACCUAACCCAUCAUGUGAAAAUUCAUAAUGUAAAACUAUAAGAAAGCCUCAGUCCUGUGUUGUAGAACCUUUAUGGGUGUAGUAAUUAAUUCCUUUUGCUUCAUACAUGCAAUCAUCUUGGCAUAUGUGGUUUUGUAGAAUUUUUAAAAUGUGGUAAUUUAGGAAAAAACCUUUGAAAAUGGCAGUGUGUCCCGAGCCUUGUCCCAGAGCAGAUAGAAUGAGCAACUAAAUCGAAUAACAUCCACCCCAAAUUGGCGAAGUAGACACAGCUGGUGAGACAAUUCGCAGCCGGGAAGGGCAGAGAACACCUGGAGAAUGGUAAAAUCAGGAAUCUGGGCUGGGGAGAACUGCGAGACCUUCCAGCCCAGAGGGUCAGAGGGAAACUGCAUGGCACAGAGUCCGUGUCCCUUGGGUCAGGCACAGCAUCUCUCUGUGGAAAGAAGGUCUGCAGGACUGCUGGUGGCAGGGGAUUCUAGAUCUGGGUCCACAGUCACAACAGACUGAGCCCAGAGGGGGCAUUCAGGACAGCUGCCCAGACCUCACUUUGCAGGGAGGAGAGGGGUUCACACAGGUACAGCUCUUUCCCCUCCUGUGGUCUUUGCUUUUCUUUGCUGAACCUAGUUCAUAGGACCUUUCGGAUAUGGACACUCACCUGCGGCUGAGGUGUGGACUUGUGGAGUCUGGGGAGAGGAGAGGGUCCGGGAGAGGUGGCCACGAGUCUGGCGCUGAGUCAUACCUGAGCCCGGAACCUGGGCAGCCAUUUUCUCCUGAAGAGAUAGCCCCUCCCUGCAGUCUCCAGGCAACCAAUACAGCCACACCCAGACUACACCCUGAGUGGUACAAAGGGAAAAAAAAUCUGAAUAGCCCCUGAGAAUCCACAGGGACUGGCCUGAAGAGAGGCCUUCAGUCCCAGCAACAGGAAACUGAGAAGCCACAGAGAGUACAGAAGAGUGGGAUCUUAAACCAGCCAAAGGAAUGACACUUCACUUUUUCAU